CCUCCAGUGUCCCACAAUCCUCUGCUCUCGCUUCCUCUUUCCUCGCUCAAGAUGGCGCUGCUCGCGAUACAUUCCUGGCGCUGGGCUGCCGCGGCGGCUGCUUUCGAAAAGCGUUUGCACUUCGCGAUUCUGAUCCGGCCUCUAGUCUCUGUGCGCGGAUCAGGUUCGCAGCGGGGGUCACGUCAGCUCGGCGUCCCAGGAACUGCUCGAAUUUCCCAGGCUCUCCAAGCAUGGCCGCUGAUAGAAAAGAGGACAUGUUGGCAUGGUCACGCAGGAGGAGGACUCCACACAGACCCGAAAGAAGGGUUAAAAGAUGUUGAUACUCGGAAAAUCAUAAAAGCAAUGCUUUCUUAUGUGUGGCCCAAAGACAGGCCAGAUCUACGAGCUAGGGUUGCCAUUUCCCUGGGAUUUUUGGGUUGCGCAAAGGCCAUGAAUAUUGUGGUUCCUUUCAUGUUUAAAUAUGCUGUAGACAACCUCAACCAGAUGUCAGGAAACAUGCUGAACCUGAGUGAUGCACCAAAUACAGUUGCAACCAUGGCAACGGCAGUUCUGAUUGGCUAUGGUGUAUCAAGAGCUGGAGCUGCCUUUUUUAAUGAAGUUCGUAAUGCAGUAUUUGGCAAGGUAGCCCAAAAUUCAAUACGAAGAAUAGCCAAAAAUGUCUUUCUCCAUCUUCACAACCUGGAUCUGGCUUUCCACCUCAGCAGACAGACAGGAGCUUUAUCGAAGGCUAUCGACAGAGGGACAAGGGGUAUCAGUUUUGUUCUGAGUGCUUUAGUAUUUAAUCUUCUUCCCAUUAUGUUUGAGGUCACUCUUGUCAGUGGUAUUUUGUAUUACAAAUGUGGUGCCCAGUUUGCAUUGGUGACUCUUGGGACACUUGGUGCAUACACAGCAUUCACAGUUGCCAUCACCCGGUGGAGAACUAGAUUUAGAAUAGAAAUGAACAAAGCUGAUAAUGAUGCAGGUAAUGCUGCCAUAGAUUCGCUGCUGAAUUAUGAAACUGUGAAGUAUUUUAAUAAUGAAAACUAUGAAGCACAAAGAUAUGAUGGAUUUUUGAAGACAUAUGAGACUGCUUCAUUGAAAAGUACCUCUACUCUGGCUAUGCUGAACUUUGGUCAAAGUGCUAUUUUCAGUGUUGGUUUAACAGCUAUAAUGGUGCUUGCCAGUCAGGGAAUUGUGGCAGGUACCCUUACCGUUGGAGAUCUAGUAAUGGUGAAUGGACUACUUUUUCAGCUUUCAUUACCCUUGAACUUUCUGGGAACUGUAUAUAGAGAAACUAGACAAGCACUCAUAGAUAUGAAUACCUUGUUUACAUUACUCAAGGUAGACUCCCGAAUUAAAGACAAAGUGAUGGCAUCUCCCCUUCAGAUCACACCACAGACAGCUACGGUGGCCUUUGAUAAUGUGCAUUUUGAAUACAUUGAGGGGCAGAAAGUUCUUAGUGGAAUAUCUUUUGAAGUCCCUGCAGGAAAGAAAGUGGCCAUUGUAGGAGGUAGUGGGUCAGGGAAAAGCACAAUAGUGAGGCUGUUGUUUCGCUUCUAUGAGCCUCAAAAGGGUAACAUUUACCUUGCUGGUCAAAAUAUACAAGAUGUGAGUCUGGAGAGCCUUCGGAGAGCAGUGGGAGUAGUGCCUCAGGAUGCUGUCCUCUUCCAUAAUACCAUUUACUACAACCUGUUAUAUGGAAACAUCAGUGCUUCACCUGAGGAUGUGUAUGCAGUGGCAAAAUUAGCUGGACUCCAUGAUGCAAUUCUUCGAAUGCCCCAUGGAUAUGACACCCAAGUAGGGGAACGAGGACUCAAGCUUUCAGGGGGAGAAAAACAAAGAGUAGCAAUUGCAAGAGCCAUUUUGAAGGACCCUCAAGUUAUUCUCUAUGAUGAAGCCACUUCAUCAUUAGAUUCAAUUACUGAAGAGACAAUUCUUGGUGCCAUGAGGGAUGCAGUCAAACACAGAACUUCUAUUUUCAUUGCACACAGAUUAUCAACAGUAGUUGAUGCAGAUGAAAUCAUAGUCUUGGACAAGGGUAAAGUAGCUGAACGUGGUACCCAUCAUGGUUUGCUUGCUAAUCCUGGCAGUAUCUAUUCAGAAAUGUGGCAUACACAGAGCAGCCAUGUGCAGAACCUUGAUAACUCCAAAUGGCAUGCAAAGAAAGAAAAUGUAUCCAAAGAGGAGGAAAGGAAGAGACUACAAGAAGAAAUUGUGAACAGUGUGAAAGGCUGUGGAAACUGUUCUUGCUAAGUCACAUGAGACAUUUCCUUUUUAUUUUUUUUUUUGACUAUACAUUUGCACUGAAGCAAAAUUGUUUCAUUAAAAAAUUAUAUAUUCCCAUUAUCCAUACUCCUUCUUUUAGAUAAGAUUUAUUUGAAAGUGGAUUUGAGUUUUAUAUCUUUUACAAACUCUUAAACUAUAUUUAGCCCCAAAUUAUUUUCUUGUUACUGCCUUCACUUUGCUCAAAUCAUUAUUUUUGUUACUAUCUGACUUUAUCCCAUUUCCAUUUUUGAGGCCUGAGAGCCAUUUGAUGAUAUUCACAACCAGAUGAAUCGGAUUGGUUCCAAAUUUUUAUAGUUUUUAAAACCUCCUUUAUGCUGACAAUUUCGGUGGAAAAUGUCUGUUUGUUUUUAUUAAAAAAAGAGGACAGUAAGGUUCAUUGUUUUUCUUUUCUGCAACCUCCAUUGAAAUAAUUCUAUGAUAGAUAUCUAUACUUACAUGUUUAAAGUGUUUUCCACUAUAACCUUUUUGAGGAAAAACCUCAAUUCUCGUGUUAGUUAAUAUAGAAUGUUCUUCAUCAUUAACCAGCAUUAUAACUAUCAUCUAGUGGUGAGAAUUUUAUUUUUUUUCCACCAAAAUAAGAUACUGCUUUUGUUUUGGACCAAAAUUUAUAUAUUUCUCUUUAAAGACUAAAGAACCCUGAUAUAAUUUGAUAUUUGCCAUACUGGCAGUAAUAGCCUCGGAAGUUAAUAGCUUUUUCUGUUUCCAUCUUAAAUAUACUGCUUUUGUUAUCUGAAGUUACACAAAGAAACAAAUAAAUGAGAUAUGUGCAUGCAUGUGUGUGUGUGCACACGUUCACACGUGAAUAUAGCAACAUCCACUUAAACAUUCUUAGAGACCUUUAGAUAAAUAGGAGAGGGUUAGAUGAACAGGACUCUAAUCUGUAUUGACACUUCAGAGUUACUUUAUUUCAACAUCUCCUCUUUUUCAGUAAUUUAAUGAGUCCCUUUAAGCUUGAUUUAACAGGAGGAGCCCAAAUGAAAUAUUCAAGUUUUACCUGCUGGAAAUAAUUAAUAAAAUAUUGAUAUUUGUUCACUGAGAAAGCUCUUCUCUCUUAUAAUUUGAAUUUGCUUUCAUUUGUUUGGUAGUAAUCAUUCAGUUUGAGAAACUGUAUUUCAUGACCAACCACAUGACUAUAUUAUGAGCCUUUAUUUAUCAGAAAAAGUUUUAAAGUAGUUAUUUUAUUGGUUUAUGGGUUAGUGUGUUUUAAAUGAUAAUUUUGUGUGGGUGAGACUAAUGUUUCCUUGUUUUGUAUAUUCAUUUGUGGGUGGAUACUUAUCUAACUUGAGUAUCCAGUUUUGUUAUAUAAAGGCAAUUUGACAAGUGGCUUGCAACCAGUAUUUCAUGAUUAGUCUUUGACAUCAGAGUAAGUGAUGCAGGAUCUUGCUUUUGAAGUUGUUUAAUACUGAGAUGCAUAAUCAACUGAAAAAUGGGGGGAGGAAUGAACAUUUCUUAAUUUGAAGCCAUAGACAUUAUUACUCUUCUGAAGGGAAAAAAAAGCAAUUCCUUUAAACAAAUCAGCUGUAUUACUAGAAAUGUGCUUAUUCUAGAUAGAAAUUUUGUUUCUGUUAACUCCUUCUAUACAUUUUCAAUGAUGCUGAUGGAAAAGAUUUAGCUAGCUGUAUAAUCAAGCAGGUAAAAUUGAAGUAGCCAUCAGAAAUAUUCAUUUUGAGUGUGAAUAGUGAUAUUCAGAGUAAGUGAUUCUGCAAUGUGUGAAACAUUUAGUCAAA